AUGUCAUUGCCUUUAAAGCCUGCAGUUCGCAAAACAGUGGUGUCAGUGGAUCUUCGUUGUUCAAAGUGCAGAUUUAAGGUGAUGAAGUUAAUAUCAAGAGUAGAAGGGAUUAACUCCAUUGCCCUUGAUGUUGUCAAAAGUACAGUGACAGUGAUUGGCGAGGCUGAUCCAAUAUGUAUCAUCAAACAAGUUAGGAAAUUCAGAAGAUCUGCGCAAAUAACAAGUAUAGGCCCUCCCGAGCAGGAAAAGAAGAAAGAAGAGAAGAAAGAUGAGAAGAAGGAUGCUAAGAAAGAUGAGAAGAAAGAUGAGAAAAAAGAUGCUGUUUGUUCUCUUCCCAGUACUACUUGUCAGAGAUGUCAUGUCUGGUAUGCUAUAGGGGAAGAUCACUAUAGUCAUUGUAACAUCUUAUGA